GCGAAGUUCCCUUCGAUUUCACGCGUUCGAUUUGUCCAACUUCCCUUCUGCGACGAAAGAUGUUGUGGCAACGAGCUAGUAUUCUGUGUGCGAUCGUGAUUCUCGCAUCGGAGGCUGUGAUAGCCUCCGCUCCGUGCUCCAAUCCUCGAGCCAGCAUCGCCAGUACCUACGCCACUCAAGGAGCGACCUUGUUCACUGAGCGCGUCUACACGGUCAAGUUCUCCCUGAUCUGUCCUGAUGGUCAGGGGUACACACAUCCCGUCUUCUUCCGAGUGAAUGACGGCCCCUACUUCGGAGCUGUAGCUGUCGUGGACGUCAAUAACAAUCUCCAGAUCAGCUGGAAAACUAGCACCUACUCCACGCUGAACAAGUUCUCUAUAGUCUUAUAUGACGAGCAGAGCUAUGGAUUGGCGCGGAAGUUCCCCGACGCUUCGGUUAAACCCUUUACUGGGUUCGACGUCGAGCAUCCGGGACCCUUGUUCGAGCCCUGGAUCCCGUGCGAAGCGAUCGCCAUCGGUGUGGCUUUCCUCCUGAUGUGUCAUGCCAUUUCUAGCAGAGCGAAAAUCGCUUAGUACACCCUUGUAACGGCGUGAAGUAUUAGGUAUAAGGAUAAGGAUUCAAAGGGGAGAGCUCCGAGAGGCCUUCCAGUGAGAUUCGAGCUUCAGUCAAGAUUACUGAAGCGAUUUUAUUUAGGUGUGUAAGGAAAAAGUCUUAUCCAUGCGGUGAUUGACUUCCUAAGCAUCCCCGGUCACGACUCCGAAUCAUUCCUAUGCGGUUGAUUUUCUUCUUCGACAUUUG